GUCGACGCGAGCACGGCCCCAACCGUCACCGUCGUUUCGACGUCGUGGACACUUUCUUGCCGCCGGAUCGUCCACGCGGAAAUCCGUCGUUCGGGUCGCGAAUAAACCUCGUUCUAAUUUCCCCUGUAACAACCAUCGUCGAACGCGUUAUUCGGGUUAAUCGCUCGCGGUGGGACGUGAGCCGCGCGCGAAAGUGUGAUCCGCCAGUGGUGUGCUCGUCUUUUGACUUUGGAAAAGCUCGCUAUACCGAGAGACAUACUGGGUCGGACGUACAAGGAUCGAGUAAAUUUAUUUACACUCGAAGCGCGUCAUCUUCAGCCGCCACUCUCUCGCUACUUCCGUUUCUCCACUGCCGCUUCGUCGCCUCUAGCCGCCCACUCGCCUCGUGAGAGCGAGCAAAUAGCAAAUAAUAAUCUUCUACUUGCGAGAGACAAAAACGCUCUGAAAAGGAUCUUGAAAAUCUUGUAAAAAAAAGCUCCUCCAAAGAAGAGGAGAAAAGAAGAAUCGAAAAGAGCGAGGAGGAAGGAAAAAAGGAAAAAGAAACGAAGAGAAAUAAGAGAGAGAGAGAGAGAGAGAGAAGAUCGGAAGGAAAGAAAAGAAUCGCGGAGGAGGGGAGGGUGGCGUAGAAUCGUAAGUGGAAGAAGAAGAGUUGGGUCGUGAGGGGUCCAAAAAGCGUAGCGUUCGGGUGUGAUGUGGUGGAGCCCCCCGAGGGGCCGCGGGGGCAGGAGGUUCGAGGCAGAUCGGUGGUGAGGGCCCCAGGCACGGCUCGGUUGCCCCGCGGCGAGGUCGCCGGAGGGGCGGGGGACGAGGUAGGAUGGUGUGACCUCCGGCGUUAUCCCGCCCGACGCGGAGGUGGUGCUGGAGGUGGCGGAGGCGGUGGUGGAGGAGGUGGCGGGGGAGCCGAGCAGCUGCUGCUCGACUCGCAGGAGGAGGAGCCGACGGCGAUGUCGAGGCAGCUUCGCGGUGAACGGGACCACGUGAGCCGUUGCGACCUCCGAGAACAACGCGACUUCCGCGACCUUCGGGACCUACGCGACCGGGACCCCAGGGAUUUCAGGGAUUACCCCAGGGACAGGGACAUCAGGGACGACAGGGACGACGUGGAGAGGGUGCGGGACGAUUACCUGGAUUACGAUCAUCAUCCUACCGCUGCGUCCACUUCGGCGCUCACCAACAACCCGGAAAGGUCGAACGGAAGAGCCACGCUGCACGAGGGUCGCGAUGAUCUGCAAUUAGUGAAUCUGUGCGUGCCUCCGAGAUCGACGAUCGUCCUGCAGUUUGUCGUUGGAGUUAACGUGCGCGCGAUUCGGCCACACUUGCAUCGGUGCAAUGACGGCUAGUCCAGAGGGUAAGGG